CUCUGAUCUUCAAUCAUAGCCUGUCACUCACGAGAUUAUUCUUCUGAUGGCUGAUCGUGAACUCCUCACCUUUUGCGAUCAUGUCUACUAAUUGACUCACACCCAAAUUAAUCAUCUGCUCUUCUGAAUCCUCUUACAUCUUCUGAAACAUUGCGACCUCGGCGCUUCCAUGUUGCGACGUCAUAUCCACUAUCUUCACAAUGGCAUUCCUCGAGGACCCCCGACUGCGCCAACGCUGGAACCAAAUUGCCCACGAUACCGAGACCAUAACCGAGAAUGCGGCAGCAGGAAUCUGGACCUUUCAACAUAAUUAUAUCAACCCAUGCUUUUCAUCCAUCGCGCACUCUAUUGAACAGUGUACGACAGUAUGUCUAGGUGACCCUGAGGAACGUCUACGAAAGCGCAGAGAACGAGAGCUGUCGCAUAGUAGAGCAGAGUACAGCUUCGACUUUUAUGAUGACUGGUAUGAGGAAGAGCAGAAUGGUCUGUUUGGCACAUGGGGUAAUGAAGACUGGGAUCGAUUGUUGGCUGGGACUGGCACUCAGCGAAGGCAUACUGGGGGAGAAACUGAACAACCGCGCAGGAAACGCGGUAUGAGCUAUGGAACCCGAGACCGAAGACGAAAACCAAGUAUGGAUGAUGACCCGACUGUAAUUCCUAGUACACAACCGAUCGGUUUCCUCAGCAAACUACCAUGGAAGAUGGGCGGUACUCUACGAUACAAACCUAGUGCGGCAGAUCUACAAGACCAUCCACGACGACAUGGCGAAGGAGAAAAUGAACCACUACUACAUUCUGACGAUGACGACUUUGACCUAACAGUGACUAGAAAGCGCAGCGGGACGACAGGGUCGGGCGAUACAUCAGAUUCUUAUCGAUCACGGGGCGAUUUAUUCCCAAGCGAUGGCGAAGGUGAAGAAGAUGCAAUCCCACUCGAUGAUGAGGUAACAUACGACAUGGUUAGAAAGGAUGAUCGAAGCGGAAGAAGUGGGAGAACAAGCAGUAAGGGUAAAAGACCAGCUAGUGGUUUGGCAGGGUCGAGAACAGUAUCGCGGACGACGUUGGGGUCAAUUUCUUCCAAGGACGACUACCGAAUGGAGCAGCGAUCAAAUUCGUUUUCUGUAACGCCAGAUGUUGAGGGACCGACUCUACAUGACCUGGAACAAGAAGAGCAUCUGCUACGAAAAGAACAAGACGAGGAUGUCGAGAGGAAGAAGCAAGCAGCAGCGCAACUCGCGGCAGAAAAAGGUCUCGCACCAAGAUCUGACCCCAAAUCAAUCUCCGAAUCAAAACCAGAGGUUGCAGAGGAUGAUGUGUAUCAAGCAUCGCCUUCAAAAGCCGCCUACCACCACGUCGAAGAAGUCGAAGACAAGCCCGCCACACAAGAUGAAGCGCCAAACAGUUCACAACCCGAUGGCACAAAAUCACCAGAGAAGACAGAUUUCGUUCCAGCGCGCUUACCGCAUUUCCAAUGACGAGGACUUUCGCUCUCUGUAAUACUACCUAAUGAUGGAUGAUAGCGAGUCACGGAUAUUUCAUGUAUGAUACCAACAUUGAGCCAAGUAUGGAAUUUGAGCCAACGAUGAAACGGGAAUGAGGCGGGAUAACUUCAUAGAUUCAGCGAAUAUAACAUGCACAAAUACAAUGCAUCACCGGUGUCGGCA